AUGGCAAUCAAAAGAAUCACGGCCAGCAGCGACGAUGAUGAUCCGGAGAUGAGGCGCCUUUUGUAUCGCGCGCGUUUCAAAUCGCUCGUCCGGCGAUUCCUGGCGAAGGCGCAGGCGAGGAACAGCCUGCCUCAGUUACUCCGUAAAGGAGCACUGCCAGCCUGGCGAAUCGCUCCCGCAGGAAGAGAGCGUCGCGCCAGCCCGGCCAUGCCAAGCCAGCCCAGCCGGCCCCAGCUGGCCAGCCCUACUGCGAGUCUAGCCUCUAGCCGGUGGUUCGACUGCUCUGUUGGUACCGUUGUUGAUCUAGGAUGCCCGUUUGUCUCCCGCUGGCACCCCAGCUACGAAUUACGGCACAGCCGGCAGAGUCGCAAUCCUCCUCUCGUCAGCUGUACAGUCCAUCUGCAGCUGCAGGGGCAGCAUCCCUGGCCGUUGGGACUCUUGACCGCAGACCGCCAGAUGCCAGCCAGCAAACUUUCAGUAGCGUGUCGCCUGGUGGAGACGUUGGCAGCAGCUCUACAGUUUCCACCAGCCAGCUCGAGUAUGAACGGUGCACGGUCCCGUGCAUCGCCCUCUGUGGCACAGCCAAUGCACGUGAUGCCUCGACUAUGCUCCAGCCACGCAGCCACGUCAGACGCGGCCACCUACCGAACAAAAGGGAAAAGGGGGAAAAUAUUACAAAUAACACAAGAUAAUCAAGAACACGACAAAAAUACGAGAGAAGAAAGAAGAAGAGAAAAGCAAAAAUAA